AGCAGGGGACAGAAAUAGACACCGAGAGGCUCGAGUCGAGGCGGUGUGCUUUCCAACCAAAGGGGGGUGGAUCACUGUGUCUUUAAACACAUUUUCCUGAUCAGUUUAUUUAUUUUGCACUUCCACAAAAUGGUCAUUAAAGUAUUCCUGGCAUCCUCAUCGGGAUCGACGGCGAUAAAAAAGAAACAGCAAGAUGUUGUGGGGUUUCUUGAGGCAAUUAAAAUCGAUUUCGCACAGCUUGACAUUGCUUCAAACGAGGACAACCGGAUGUGGAUGAGGGAAAAUGUCCCUGGAGAAAAGAAGCCCACCAAUGGAAUUCCUCUUCCUCCACAGAUUUUCAAUGAGGACAUGUAUUGUGGGGACUAUGAAACAUUCUUUGAAGCCAAAGAGGACAACACAGUCUUUGAAUUUUUGGGUCUGACAACUCCACCAGGAUCUAAGAAAAAAGAUAUCGUAGAGACUGAGCAGAAUGGAGAUGCACACAUAGCAGAGCUGGAAGAAGAUGAUUCAAUCAAGAAGGCAGAGACAGAUGCUCAAGAUGAUAUUGCAGAAGAGGAGGAACCAGCAGAAGAAGACGAAGAGAGUAGAAAACCAGCUGAGGAGGAAGAGCAGGUAAGAAAAAGUGCUUAA